UUACUUAACCUGAACUGUUUUCAUCAAUUUCCUCGCACUCUUAUUUAGACGUAAAAAGCGCUGGUCGUCCUCCGAAGUGGGACUUAUAUAAAUAGGAAGUCGGUCAGCUUCGAAUAAUUGGGAUCUGUUAGCUUUUAGCUAGCAAGCUAACUCGAGCUAAGCUAAAUAGCUGACAAUUGCUUGCAAACCCAGCGUUGUGUAGCGUUGUGAGCUCGUUUGCUCACAGUUUAUCUCUAUGAUACUUAUUCUUGCUAGUGGAUGCUUGCUAAUGGUAGCUAACUAAUGCGCUGUUUUGUGGCCUAGUGUUAGUGCGCAAGUCAGUGCUUUGCUAUUAUGUAAACAACAAUUGUGCAGUAUCUUUUAAUAUAAUUCUGCGAGGUUUCGCUAACCCCCUCGGACGGCGUUGAAGUCAUUUAACUAAUUUCUCUAACUUUGCGUGUCCGUUUCCAUCACGCUAGUUAGCAAGCAAACGAGCUAGCUUAGCUAUUUAGCGUUUGUUGUGUAUAGUUUGAUAGCUACCUAUUUAGGUUAAGCUAGGCUAAUCAUUUAGCGACAACGAGAGGAAAGAUCGGCUAAUCUUAGCUAGCGUGUUAUAGGAAUGCCCAAGGAAAAAUAUGACCCGCCGGAUCCAAGGCGGAUGUACACAAUUAUGUCGAGCGAGGAAGCAGCCAACGGGAAGAAGUCAUACUGGGCUGAGCUGGAAAUCAGCGGCCGAGUAAGAAGUCUCAGCACAGCCCUGUGGUCUCUCACCCACCUCACUGCCCUGCACAUCAGUGACAACUCAUUGUCACGCAUCCCGCCAGACAUUGCCAAACUACACAACCUGGUGUACCUGGAUCUCUCAUCCAAUAAGAUCAGGAGCCUGCCGGCGGAGCUCGGCAACAUGGUGUCUCUCAGGGAACUGCUUUUAAAUAACAACCAGUUGCGGGUUCUGCCAUUUGAAUUGGGGAAACUGUUUCAGUUACAAACACUGGGGUUGAAAGGAAACCCACUUGCACAAGAAAUUAUGAGCCUCUACCAGGAACCUGAUGGCACGCGAAGACUGCUCAACUACUUGUUAGACAAUCUGGCAGGGGCUAUCAAACGCAUACCAACAGAGCAGCCCCCAGCCCGGUCAUGGAUCUCACUCCAGGAACCAGACCGAACACGGGCCUCAGCACUGUUCUCUGUGAUGUGCUACAAUGUGCUGUGUGAUAAGUACGCCACACGACAGCUAUACGGCUAUUGCCCCUCUUGGGCUCUGAACUGGGAGUACAGGAAGAAAUCCAUCAUGCAGGAGAUAAUGGGCUGCAAUGCAGACAUCAUCAGUUUGCAGGAAGUUGAGACGGAGCAGUACUACAAUUUCUUCUUGCCUGAGCUGAAGGAACAGGGAUACGACGGGUUCUUCAGUCCAAAGUCACGAGCCAGGACUAUGUCGGAGUCCGACCGUAAACAUGUGGACGGUUGUGCAAUUUUCUUCAAGACAGAAAAAUUCAGUGCAGUGCAGAAGCACACAGUGGAGUUCAACCAGCUGGCCAUGGCUAACUCCGAGGGCUCAGAGGCAAUGUUGAACAGGGUGAUGACAAAGGACAACAUCGGGGUAGCUGUACUGCUUGAAGUCCGCAAAGAAAUGAUGGAGGCCUCCUCUGGAAAGUCACUCCACGGCAUGGAGAAACAGCUGCUGCUGGUAGCUAAUGCCCACAUGCACUGGGACCCAGAGUACUCUGACGUCAAGCUGGUCCAGACCAUGAUGUUCCUGUCGGAGGUGAAGAACAUAGUGGACAAGGCCACACGCAGCCUCAAGUUGUCCUCUGUCUCUGGUGAGACCAAUGCCAUUCCACUGGUGCUGUGUGCUGACCUCAACUCCUUGCCUGACUCUGGCGUAGUGGAGUACCUGAGUACUGGUGGGGUGGACUGCACCCACAAGGACUUCAAGGAGCUUCGUUAUAGCGACAGCCUGACCAAAUUCAACUGCAAUGGUAAGAGCACCACGUCCAACGGCAGGAUCACCCAUGGCUUCAAGCUGAAGAGCGCUUACGAGAACGGCCUGAUGCCUUACACCAACUACACCUUCGACUUCAAGGGUGUCAUCGACUAUAUUUUCUACUCCAAGCCUCACCUGAACGUGCUGGGUAUCUUGGGCCCCCUGGACCCCCACUGGCUUGUAGAGAACAAUGUCAGCGGCUGCCCACAUCCCCACAUCCCCUCCGACCACUUCUCCCUCUUCAGCCAGCUGGAGCUGCUCCUGCCCAACUUGCCCCCCCAGGUCAAUGGGCUCCAUCUGCCUGCACGCAGGUAGUGAGUCCCUGCCACACCACCAGGGGGAGCUGCAACCACAGCCUCUCCCUUUCAAACCCUCCUCCCUCCCACUACCAGCUCUUCCCUCCACCAUACCGGAGGAGGAAGACAAAUACACAACCUGUAAAAUAUUCGUACAGUGAGGUCUGGCCGACAGGGAUUUCGUAUAAUGUUAUAGAUAUUCUAUAUUUUUCUUUUUUCUUUCUCCGUUUUUCUUUUUUGUUCUUUUUUUAACUGCUCGAUUCAGUCCUGUUUGUGUAUCAUAUUUUGUGUUUCGGACUCCCUUUCCUCCUCAAAUCCACCCACCCUUCCACUUUGCUUCUGUUUUUCCAACUUGAGGGGAUGGUAGCUUGUUCAGAUUUGUCACACGGGGCACUGUUUGGUUUUAGAGCAGGGGAAACUGAGAAGUGGCUGAGGGCACGACAUUCACCUUAAAAGCUCCACAGCUGAUGGUCUGCCCGUCUGUCUGUCCUGUACAAAUCUGAAACCAGCAAAGACAGCAGACUUGUCAGUCUCAGACCUCCAUCAUUGGCUUGUGCAUGUUUUCCCCUGUAAUCUGGGCAGCCAGCGUACUUUCUCAGUCUUUCUAGGAUGCACACAUUUGUUGAUUCAGAUGUUGUUGGGUUAGAGCAGCUUUUAGCUGGUAGUUUAGCGAUCCCCGAGGUGGAUGUAGCGCAGCUCGUAUGAGGUGAGAUUUCCUGCUGUCAUUCUGUGGUGCUGAGGCCUUUAGUGUGGUCACGGCCUCCCAUGGUGCUACAAGAUAGUCUACACCUCUGACCCCGACCCUGGUGCAUUAGCUACCAAACCCACAGACGCCUCGAGGACUACAUUUGCCCAAUUUCAUAUGGACUGUAUGUAGUGUUAAUUUGUGAAGGAAAGCUAUGGUGAGAAACUGAGGCAGCUACCAUCCUGUUUGCAGACUGUUUCACCCCAGCUUGUAUAGUUGUUAGGCUAGUCUUGUGCUUAGGAGCUCAUGUGGCCCACAUACCCCCAUUUUUUGGGCAAGGGGCAAGGGAUUUAGGCUGAUGGGCAAAGCGUUGAGGGGCUUUCACAAAUCUUUUCUUUGUCUCGAUUGCUUUUAGGCAGAGAGAGUGAGUAAUGGCUGAUACACAGGAGUAAAAACCAGCAUUCCUCUCACUGUCUGGAGUUGCCAUCCAACUCCACACAUGCAAGCUUACACACAUGCACGCACACACACAUAACACAGGUAAUUUGCAGGCAGAUCUGUAGCACUGUCUCCGAGGCCAGUAGUGACUUUCCCCAGCCAUAAAUUCCAUACACAAAAGCAGUGGCUUUUUCACAAGUGUUUGUACAGAAUAGAAAUCUAGACUCAGUCUUUACAUGAUUGUAUAUGAACCACAAAAGACCUGUUUUCUGGCGUUUUUUGUACUAAGAGUAAAUUAUGAUCAGAUUUGAAAAAAAAGAUUGUAUUGUAAACUAUGGCUAAAUUUUUAUCCAGUUAAUGUUAAGAUGAAUUGAUAUUACCAGCUUGUACAAAAGACGAAAGAAGAGGUUGUUCAAGGCGUUCACUGUCACUACUUUGCACUCCCUAGAGUUUAACUGUAAUUAAUGUACCAGUAUUGUUUUAUUUGCUCCACCCCCCACCCACCCCCUGCUGUUGAUUUGAUUUGCCGGCACAUUGCUGCGAUUGUAAAUAGACACUGAGUAAACUCUGCCUGUUGCUUCUCGCCCAUUAACAAAGCCAUUGAUCCACACUGCUGCCAUCAGUUCAGACAAAAGGACACGCAAGGAUAAGUCACAGCCCACCAGUGACUCCACAUCUGUUCAUCUAUAUAUCUCUCCCACACACUCCCACUAGUGACGUGUGACUGAUACAACCUAUAUUAAUCCUACAUGUACAAGAAAACAUCGUGCCUCACUGUAGCAGUUGUCGUUGUCUUGCACUAUUUACAUUUGACGAACGCCUGAACAACCUUUUCUCCUUUUAUUUUUAAAUACUGUUGAGACAUUUGUGAAGAUUUUAUGUCCUUUUAUUGGUUUUUGUUAAUGUUGAUUUCCUUUUUUAUGAGCUGUGACAAUGUUAUGAUGAUGUGUAUAUCCUUCCUAUUCAUUGAGCUCUCUAGUAAUCAGGUAUGCUUUCUCCACCGGCCCUUGCUCCGCUCUUUAAGCAACACAACUAGGAUGUCUAACCUUAUAUAAAUCCACUCUCUCAGAUUGUUUUGCUCCCUAUUUGUACCUUAGCACAGCGCCAUGCCCAGAUCCCCAAAAUAUCUAGCCCAUAGCGCCUUCCCUGGCCAUGAAUUUUAAACCUCCUUCAGCCUGUCCAUCACCCUAUACCGCCCAACCUCAGACGUUUCCUACCCACUAUAUUACUCAAGCUGUGUCUUUUAAACCCUUUGCUCAACCACUUUGUAUAGUUCUCGUACCCUCAUCACUGCAGCUAUAGUGCCAUCUGUGGACCCCCUACCUCUGUAUUGGAAAAGGUGGAAGGCCCAUUUUGCUCUGCUUUUGGAUGAACAAGGGAUGAGGGGGAGUGAGCUCAGCUAUUUUUGAAUCAAAUUGGUUACAUCUCAACAAAUGAGAGAAAUCUGCCAGUGAUGAGACAAUUUAUUCCACAGACAUGCUUUUACACAGACACCGGAUGAUGAGCACUUAUUAGAUUCAGAUGCAGCUCCCCUCACUCCCUGGCCCAUCAUAUUAGCAAAAAAAGAUCUAAUUUACUUUAAUGUAUAUGUUGAAAUUACAUUUUUAAAGCAAGAAGGAAGCAAGUAAAUAGGAAGUAUAGUCCUCAGAUCAAGGUUUCUUGUCCCAUUUGUUUCCCCUUACAUGUUUGUCUUUUAACUUUUUUUUUGUUUUCCAAUUGAAACCAAUGUGUCCAGUUUGAUUUUUUUUUUCUUGAAUGGCAUUAGUAUUGUAGUAGAUUUAAAGGCUAGCUUUUUUGUAAAGUGUGAAUAAAAGAUGUAUCUCAUGUUUCCUUUCUAAAAAGAUAUUGAAUUGUGUUGUUGAUGUGUAAAUCAUGAAUUCUAUGAUGGUGUUAUGUUUGCUACAUUGUUUUUACUUUUCCCCCCAUAUACUCCUAUUCCAAUCACAAACCAAAUCCUCUGUAGAAAUCAUGAUGAGACGUUGUCUUGAUGGGUUGAUUAGAGAAGUUGAAUGUUCCUGAUGAUGCCUCGUAGAACGAAGGAUUGAGAGCUUAUCGGAGGAAAAGUACCUGCAUCGUUGGUAUCAGUAAAAACUUUCAGCACAGGGAUAUUAAAUUUGUUUCUGUAUUUUUUUUGCUUUUACUUUUCAGCUUUAUUUUGGAUGUUGCAUGGCACUAGCUGGAGAGUGCUGGUGCCUGUAGAUUAGGGCAGCAGAGCUGUCUUACUAGUGGCUGCAGUUCAGUACUAGAGAACACUGUUCUGACUGGUGUAAAAUGUGUUUGUAAGACUAAGCUAACGGAGCGCCGCUGGUCGCUAGACUGGUCCUGUGAUGAUUUUGAGUACUACUAGUCCAUUUCACUCUGUUCUUGUGCGUCACAGAGGUUAAACCUGUUACACUAGCUAGCUACUAUUGAUAGUCACUGAUUUGACUCUUUUCUUUCGGUUGUUGACUCCCCCUGUGCCCUCCUCUCUCCUCCUCAUCGCCCUCUUGUAAAACCACAGACUGGCUUCUGACUGAAAAUCUGGCAAAUCACAGAGCUGAGUUAUGUCACCCUGUAAGCUUCAGCAAGUGAUCACAUUGUUGGCUUUGUACUUUCCACUGUUGCAUUGUGUUUCAUAGUUGGCUUGUUUAGGCGUAGAGUAAUUUCCCAGGCUGCAUCUCUUUGUAAUGGUGCACACCAAAGCUGCUUGUAGUCCAGUUCUCUGUUGUAGAGCGAUUUCUUUCACCAACCAGUCGCAAUUUUCGAUUAUUUUAUUUUUUAUCCGAAUCAUAGUCUUCAUGAAAUGUAGGGCUGUAAGGAAAGCAAGGUACUUUUGUCCUUUUUCCUUGAAUCACAUGAACAUGUUGCAUCCAUAUUCUUUUCGGGGUUUGGUUUCUCAAUCCAUCAACUCAUGUUAAAUGCAUCCUUUUCCAAAAAAACAAAAACAAACUUGGCAAUAAUACCCAGAAACAUUCAGAAUGGGUUUUUAAGUAAUUUUAUCCGUAAAAUGUAGCUAUUUCAUCUUUCAAACUGUGGUCGUUUUGCUUUCGUACUCUCCAUCUUCAACCUUCUCGACCGUUUUGUUUCACGAACAGCUUUCUUUCCCCUUUUUAUCACCCAUCUUGUAUAUUUGCUCAUCUCCUUCUCCCUGCCGAUCUAGUAGUAGUUGUUCAAUGAUCAGGAUUGUCUAUCUGUAGUCAGCUGAGUACAUAUAUUGAUCUGUGUCACUGUGUUUAUGCACUGGACCAACUAUUGUUUACCAUUCAUGAAAUACCAGCAAAAAAAAAAAAAGAAUAAUGACAAAACACUUGCACAAUGUUGUAGAAUGUCCAUUAAUCCAGAUGAGAAAUCAAGGCAGCUGUUUUCAAAUCAACACAUACUGUUUUAAAAAGAAACUGAAUGGUAAACAAUGCUUUCUGUUGUACCCCUUAGCCGUCCUCUCGAUUCUCUUUGGACUAGUUUUGUUCUUUUAUUUUUUCCGUUUGACUACAGGUUCUGCUUGUUUCCUUUACACCUACCUAUGUAUUUUCCUACUUCUGGUUGAAAAUAAAUUCUAUAUUAUCUGUUUCAAGCUGUGUCACCUCUUAUUCUUUGCAAUGGAUAUUGAAAAUAAAUUCUAUAUCUGUUC